AUGGCUGUCUCAGUGCUGCGGCUGACAACUGUCCUGGGACUACUCGUCUUAAUCCUGACUUGCCAGGCCGAUGAUGCAUAUGACAAACCAGAUGACAAGCCAGAUGACUCAGACAAAAACCCAGAGCCAGAAUUCCCAAAAUUCCUAAACCUCUUGGGCGCAGAGAUCAUUGAGAAUGCAGUGGAGUUCAUCCUCCGCUCCCUAAGGAGGAGCAGAGGAUUUAUGGAAUUUGAUGAUAAACAAGGAGAACACUCAGCAAAGUGA